GAAUAUGAAGAGCUUAGAGCGGAAAAUAAGAAAACGAAAGAAGAGUGUGACAAAAUCAAGCAAGAACGAGAUGAGGCGGUCAAAAAACUGGAGGAGUUUCAGAAAAUUUCUCACAUGGUUAUUGAGGAAGUAAACUGUAUUCAGAACCAUCUUGAAAUUGAGAAGACGUGCCGUGAAAGUGCUGAGGCUUUGGCUUCUAAGCUGAACAAAGAAAAUAAGACCUUGAAAAGAAUUAGUAUGCUUUACAUGGCAAAACUGGGCCCAGAAAUUAUCACUGAAGAGAUUAACAUUGAUGAGGACGAUUCAUCCACAGAUACAGAAGCUAACUCUGGAUCAUGCAAUUCUGUGCAUUGUCAGCAGCAAAUAAAAGAGCUGCGAGAUCAAAUCAUAUCUGUUCAUGAGGAAAAGAAGACCUUAGCCAUUGAACUGGAAAACCUGAGGUGCAAACUUGUAGAAGUAAUUGAAGAAGUGAAUAAAGUGAAAGAAGAAAAGGCUGUUUUGACAACGGAAGUUAAUAAGCAGCAAAAACUGUUGGAGAAAUGUAACAGAGUGUCUGUGCUGGCAGUAGAGGAAUAUGAAGAGCUUCAUGAAAACUUUGAACUGGAGAAGAACCUGCGGAAGAAAGCAGAGUCAUUUGCACAAGAGAUGUUUAUUGAACAAAACAAGAUGAAAAGGCAAAGUCAGUUGCUUCUGCAAAAUUCUGCUCCUGAUCAACAGCUUUUGAAGGCUUUGGAUGACAAUGCUAAGCUAACCCAUACGUUAGAAGAAGAGAGGCUUCAGCACCGACAAAAGAUCAAAGAAUUGGAAGAGCAGCUAGAGAAUCAAGCACUGCAUAAGGAAAUCAGUCGUCUUAAACAGCAACUAGAACUUCUGGAAGAAGAUAAAAAGGAACUAGAGCUUAAGUGCCAGAACUCAGAAGAAAAAGCUAGAGACCUAAAGCAUUCAGUUGAUGAACUUCAAAAACGCAUACAGCAGUCUGAAAAUCCUGCACCACCUCCUCCUCCACCACCCCCUCCUCCUCUUCCUCCUCCCCCUCCUCCUAACCCUAUACGGUCUCUCAUGUCAAUGAUUCGCAAGAGAUCCCACUCCAACACCAAUGUGAGCAAGAAGGAGAAACCUCCUCAGCAGGAGUCAGGUGAAGAAGUUACGGAUCUGAAGAGACAAGCUGUUGAAGAAAUGAUGGACAGAAUUAAAAAGGGAGUUCAUCUGAGACCAGUCAACCAGUCAAGCAGGCCUAAAACAAAGCCAGAAACACCAAAGCCCUCUGAAAGUGCAAUGAAAGAAUUAAAAGGGAUUCUGGAAACAUUGAACAAAUCCACUAGUUCCCGAAGCUUAAAGUCCCUUGAAACAGACAGCAGUGAAACAGAGCUGGAACGAGUUCUGCGCCGCCGGAAAGUGACCACUGAUCAGGACAGUGGCAGUCCCACUGGAAUCUUGGCCACAUCAGAAUCAAAAUCUCUGCCUGUGCUAGGUUCGGGAGCCAGUGCUGCACAACCAGCCUUGAAUAAGAAAGACCUGGAGGCAGAAUUCAGUUCCAAAUUACCCGACUCAGAUCCUGUCUCUGUCACAGGCUCCAAGACUACCUUACAAUCAACUAGUCAUAUAGAAUUUACAAGAAAAACUUCUAGCAGUGAAAAAGAGACAGAAUCCAUUGUAGUUUUAGAUCCUGUUUCCACCAGCAGGGACCAGAUGUCAGAAAACACGCUGAAUCAGAACAAAGUGAAAGAAGAAAAAAGCAAGCCACUGCAUAAAGAAACGAAUGCUGAGAAAAUAAAAGAAAUAGACAGUUCUAACUGUUAACUGUUAUUCUGAAAGGCUGUAACUUUUGGGGAUCAUUAUCUGGAGAUGUAAAUUGCUUAUGUGUGUUACUAGGGGCUAUGGUCUGUCCUCCAAACCAUCUUCAAUAAUAUAGAUGGAAAUGUUCUUUUGUAUGCAGUUCUGUUACAUGCAUUGAAGUGUUAAAUAACUAUGUAUCACUUAAAAUCCUUUUCCCACUUUAAUUUCGCAGGUAUGGUUAAUAUUUUCUUAGAUAUUGUCAGUUACCUCUUCUUUAAAACUGUAUUUGAAAAGGCUUUUUCAAUUACUCUUUUGUUG